GGUUUGUCCUUCCUGGACCUUCGGUACCACCUGCUGCUCUUCUAUCUCCAGGACCUCACCCACCUGAUCGGCAUCAAAGCAGAAGGAGGCCAAAUCAAAGCGAGCGCCGCCCUGAACCGAGUGGUCACCAUCAGAACCGUUCUGGAGAAAAUGCGGCCCCUGGACCACAAGCUGAAGUACCAGGUGGAUAAACUGGUGCGCACGGCCGUCACCGGGAGUUUAUCUGAGAACGACCCGCUGCAGCUGCGCCCAAACCCCGAGAAUCUCAUCAGCAAACUGAGUGGAUCUGAGUCUGAAGGUGAAUCGGGGAACGAGGGAGCCUCUGAGAAGAAAGCAGCCCGCUCCGGUGGCAGGAAAUACGUACCGCCGAAGAUUGCUCCGGUCCACUACGACGGCGACCUGACGGAGACGGACAAGAAGAAGGCUCUGAUGGAGCGCCAGCGGCGGGCGGCCCUCAGGAGUUCUGUGAUCCAGGAGCUGAGGCAGCAGUACAGCGACGCCCCCGAGGAGAUCCGGGACCGGCGGGACUUCCAGAGCGAGCGGGACACCCGCGAGGAGCUCCACAGGAAAAACUACGAGGAGUCGAUGAUGGUGCGUCUGACCGUCCCAAAGAGUCAGAAGACCAAGAAGAGGAACCUGAUGUCCAUGUCCAACCAGCUGAGCAGCAUCACACACUUCAGUGACAUCACAGCUCUGACGGGCGGCGAAGGCCGACAGGAUGAGGACAACCCACGACCGAAGAAAAAGAAGAAACUCAUGAAGAAGAAAACCAAAAGAAAAGCCUUCAAGAAGCGCCGAUGAAUCCGAGUCCAGAUGUCAGAAAACCAACCAUCUUGUUCUGUAAAUAAAAUCAAGACUUCUCGUCUCCACUAGAGGGCAGCCAUGACUGUCACGAGCAUCACAAACAAAUUUUCUUCUUGGAGUUCAUCAGGGCUUCAUCUUAGGCCCCCCAGAGGAACCUACUCUGCACGCUCCAGUGACGAGGCCAACAGCAGCAAUUUAACACGCUGGUUUUACUUUCACUAAAUAAAAACAAGAUUUAAAUUGUUUACUGGAA